CCCCCCCUCUCUGACAGUCCUGACACUCCUGACUGCAGGAUAGAAAGUUCUCGAGUCUCUAGGAAUCUCUAUCCGCUUCUAUGUCGCAGCCAAUCAACACACUUGGAAAAUUUGUAUGACGAAUAUAACAGCACCCUAACGAUCACUUAGAUCGUCCAUCGUUUUGAGAUUGACUCUAGACGCAGUUUGUCUCAAGACUUAAAUGGAUAUAGAUUGCUUCGCUCGUGAGAUGCUCUAUGGAACACACGGUGAUAUUUUCCUUUUUAUUUUCACUUGAUAUAAGGUGUUUGAAAGGAUAAAUAACAUUGCAUCCUGAAUUUGCAAGAAGUAUCUUCAAAUUUGUUUGGUGACACGCGGAUAAAGGCUGUGAGAAGACGAUGACAUCGCAGGAAGCAAGAGACUUUCACAUGGCGUACGAAAUGCAUGAGAAUCUGAAUUGUUUAGGUGUGACGGAAAACUCAGUCAGCCUGAAUGAGAGAAAUUCCCGUUACUUAUCAUUACCAUUUUCAUUGGUUGAUCAAGAAUUGGAAUUGAUUGAUCCUACUCCUAAUAUUCACACACUGUUUAUACAAUUUAAUGCCCGAUUCUUCAGAGAUAAACUAGCUUCUGUCGAAGUUAAAUGGAGUAAUAGAAUGAAAUGUGCCGCUGGAAUUUGUACCUUUCACUCAAGAAAUAAAGAAUGCGUGAUAUCGCUCAGUGCACCAUUACUUAAACUUAGGCCAAGAAAGGAUCUUAUAGAAACCUUAUUGCACGAGAUGAUCCAUGCGUAUUUGUUCUUAACUAAUAAUGAUCAGGAUCGUGAUGGUCAUGGACCGAAUUUUUGCAGACUUAUGCAUAAGAUAAAUAAAGAGGCAGGAACUAAUAUAACAAUCUAUCACGAUUUUCAUGAUGAGGUAAAGCUGUAUAGACAGCAUUGGUGGAAAUGUAAUGGACCAUGCCAACGUAGGCCACCAUACUUUGGGACAGUUCGUCGAAGUAUGAAUCGUGCACCCGGCCCAAUGGACUUUUGGUGGAAGGAGCAUCAAGAAAAAUGCAAUGGUCAGUUUAUCAAGAUCAAAGAGCCAGAGAAUUUUAAGUCGCGUUCAAAACAAAAUAUAUCAAAACCGAUAUCAAAGGACAACAAAUCGAAUAAUAGACUUACCGAUUGGUUAGCAAAGAGGAUUUCGAAUCAGGUUAUACCUACAUCUUCAAAAGCUUCUAGUAAUAAUAACUCUAAAAUAUUUACUCAAGCAGACAAUGCUAAGCCUAGUACUAGUAAAGAUAAUGGUGGUACAAAUUCAUCUCGUGCUGUGAAUGAGAAAGAUACUCAAGAUUUGUCAGUGGGAAUAAAGAAACUUGGCAGCAGUAGUAAUAAUGUACACGGUUGGGGCAUCAGUGGUCCGGGUGAAAACGUAAAAUCGUAUAACGUAAAGAAUAUUUCUAAAAAUCCCAAGUUUUCUUGUUCUGGUGUUCUGGGAGGUAGUAGUAAUGGUCAAAGUAAUCUGUUGACCAAAUUCAAACCUUCGAACGAAGAUGAAAAUCGCCGGGGUGAAUCGAUCGACGGGGGUUCAUCCGCAGCAUCGUCAUCGGCUGCAGAAGGAGGAUAUGCUAAUGAUUCUGUCCUGAAUCUAAGUCAACCGAGAAAUAAUUCCUAUCUUUGUCCUAUAUGUAAUGUACCUAUGACUUUAGAAAAUAGAUAUAGCCAUAUAGAUUCAUGCCUAAUAAAUAAUACAUCAUUGAUAGAUGAAAUGAAUAAUAAUAUCAAUAAUAAUAAUAACAAUGAAGAGUUAAUGUUAAUGCCUAUUCAAACAUUUGCCACAUCGGCGACAGAACAAAAUAUUGAUGCGACUCCUAAUAAGCGUGUAAGAUUAGAUAAUUCGAACGACACAAAUGAAUAUGUCACUUGUCCCGUUUGUGGCAGAAGACUGCCAAUCACAGACAUUAACCAGCAUCUCGAUGAAUGUCUGCUAGAAGCAGAUACAGCUCGUAAAGCUGCCAUUCCUUCCACCUCUCGUGCGUCAUAUGAUGACAGCAUAAUCAGUAUAAACAGUUCCUGCAGUUCUGAUUUAGAUGAUUCUGUACUGACCGACGAUCCACAACCUUCUACAAGUACUAGCACUUGUAAAAACGAUACAGUGGAUCUUGAACGAAAAUGUUUAGUUUGCAACGUACAGAUUGCACUUGAUGUAUCAUUGAAUGAACAUCUCGAAGAAUGCAUUGGAAGUGUCUUUAAUGACGAUAUAAUAAUAGAUGACAAAGAGGAUGAUAAUAAUGAUACGCUUGUUGUAGAAAAUAAUUCCACAGAAAAUAAAUAUCCCUGUCCAGUAUGUAUGCAGAUAAUAUCAGAAAAUCUUAUGAACCAGCAUUUAGAUAUGUGCCUUAAAAACGAAUAAGUGAUAUUGCGAAUGGUAAAAAAAAAUGACAAUGAACUAUUUUGCGGAUAAUAAAUGGUUUUUUUAUCUGAAUAAGUAUGUUAAUAAAUAUCUUUUCAUAUGUAAUGUUCAUUUUUUGCAUAUCGCGAUUUUAUAUGAGACAGAAAAAAAAGAUGUUAUACAGAAUUAUUAGGAAAAUAAAUAUGCAAUUUUUUUAAAACGAUAUUUGUAUAUUACUUAUCAUGUAUUAAAUAGAAAUUUAAAGUACAUUAAGACAUGUUACAAGAGGAGGUAUUUGCAUGUCCAAUGUAAUUAUUACCAUCGCUUAUAUAACGUAAACUAUAUUAAUGUGCUCGUAUGUAUAAGGCUUGUUUUUUCCAUACCUCAGGACUGAACUUCAUCUUCUUUUUUUUCUUUUCACAUUGGAGAGAAAAAAGAGAAAAGACAAAUUAUGUGAGAAGUUCAGUUCCAGAGUAGAAAAAGAAAAAACUUAUAAUUUAACAUAGUAUAAGUUCUUUAAUUAUUAAGACUGGUUAAUAAAGAAGUUGUAUUAUUUAUCUAUAAAAUGUUACAUAAAAUUUUUAGCAUUAUUUUUUAAUAAAUAGUGAACAAUAUAUAAGGCUAGUAAUCGGUUAAAAUCUAGAGCUUUAAUCAUUUAGUCAUUUAAACAAUAUAUUAAAGCUGCUUAUUAUUUGCUAAAGUUUAUAUUUUAUGUCGGAACAAUAUAAUAAGAUUAUGUACGAAUUGUUCAGAUGUUCGGCUUAUAUUAGUUUUAUGUCUUGUUCAUUAGUAAUUAGUUUCUAAUAUUUAAACUUGAUUUGAUGCAUAAUAAGAAAAUCUCAAAUAUCAAUUGACUGAUUGAUUUGACGGCCGAAAAUCCGAGUUCUAAUUACGUAAUUAUGUAUACCUUUUUGUACUGUACUAUUUAUUAGAUAUAUAUUAAAAAGUAUAUUAAAAA